AUGAAAGUUUGGGAGUCAGAAAGCAUUCAUCUUACUUACUUUAUCUUUUGUAUUCCCAACAACAUUUGUAAAAGUACAGGAACUGCCAGACAGUAUGCACAGCAAAAUCAUGAAGGCAAACUUUUUGUAGCCAAAAACUCAGCUUUCUUUCUCAAUUAUUUUGUCAUUGAGAUUCACCAAAUAAGGAAAUAUGGGGAUAGAGCGAAUUCAUCAGAGAAGAUGGAGAAGGCAUCUUGCAGUUUGCUGUCCGUGAAAAUCAUACAAAUAACCAAUUUACAAAAAGCCGAUUUAUUUAGCCAAUCUGACUGCUAUGUGAGCUUGUUCCUGCCAUCAGCUUCAUUUGAAACGGCUCAGACAAAGGCCAUUAAGGACUGUAAAAAUCCAGUAUGGAAUGAAACCUUCUGCUACAGGAUACAGAAUCAUGUCAAAAAUAUUUUGGAGCUGAUGGUUCAUGAUGAAAACCGCUGCCUUUUGGAUGACCAACCCUUCACUGUUCUCUUUGAUGUUGCUAAACUUCAGCUUGGAGAAACAAUUUGCCUUACAUUUCCAUUGGAUCCAAAAAUUCAAGAAAAUCUGGAAGUCGAAUUUAGUCUGGAAAAUAUUGUUUUUCAGGUAGAAAAACAGAUAAAACUGUUUGUCUUACUUUACCUCUGGAUUCAAUGUCAAUGGAAAAAGAAGCAAAAAGAGCUUGAUGUACGUUUAGACUAUGAACUGUGUCCAGAUGAACAAGUAUUUAUACAGAAAAGGAAGAAAAUUGUAGCAGCUGCCAUGAAAAGGGUUCUUUGCAUGGACAAUGAUUUGCAAGAUCAUGAGGUGCCUGUGGUGGCUAUCAUGGCCACAGGAGGUGGAGCGCGGGCAUUUACAGCUUUUCAUGGCCAUUUACUUGGUCUUCAGAAACUGAAUCUCUUAGACUGCCUCACAUACAUUUCUGGAUCUUCUGGCUCUUCUUGGACACUUUCAAAUCUGUAUGAAGAACCUGAUUGGUCACAAAAGGAUCUUUUAGGACCAAUUGCAGACGCUCGCAAAAACAUGUCCAAAUGCAAGCUGGACUGUUUUACAUUAGACCACUUAAAAGAAUACUGUGACAUUCUGAAGCAGCGGCAAAAGGAUGGCUACAAAACCUGCAUUACUGAUCUCUGGGGACUUUUCAUUGACCAAGCAUUAGGAAAUGGGAGAUGUAGCAGCACACUUUCAGAGCAGAAGCAUGCCCUGAAUCAUGGUCAGAAUCCUCUACCAAUGUAUUUAGUCCUCAACACCAGGGACAAAUAUAGCCUUCAAGAAUUUAAAGAGUGGAUGGAAUUCACUCCUUUUGAGGUUGGAUUGUUAAAAUACGGGGCCUACAUUCGUGCUGAAGACUUUGGAAGCAAAUUCUUCAUGGGUCGGGUGAUGAAGAAGAUCCCAGAAUCUCCAAUCUGCUUUAUGAAAGGUAUAUGGAGUAAUGUGUUUUCCUUUAACCUCUUGGAUGCCUGGCAAGGAAUUGACAGUUCAGAAGACAGUUUUUGGUAUAGCUAUACCCAGGACAAAAUAAAGCAAAUAGAAGAAAAACCACCUCUUCCACCAGUAGCUGAAACAGUGAAUACUUAUCUGGUCACGCCUAGACAUAUGAUUAUGAAGAUAAUUCGCAAAGUCAUAACAGAGCGUGUAUCAACAUCAGAAGUCUACAAUUUCUUAAAUGGAUUCCAAUUAAACAAUGGAUAUCUAGAGAAUAAAAAUUUUUCUAUAUGGAAAGAUACAGUACUGGACACUUUUCCUAACCAGCUAAUGACUCCAUUGGAAUAUCUGAGACUUUUGGAUACAGUUGCCUUUAUAGAUACCAGUUAUGCACCACUGAUGAAGCCAGAAAGAAAAGUGGAUGUCAUUAUACAUUUGAAUUAUUCCUCAGGCUCACAAACAGCACCUUUAGAUGAAGCUUCCAGAUACUUUGCAAAGCAAGGGAUUCCUUUCCCCAAAAUAGAUCUGAGUACGGAAAAGAAUCUGAAGGAGUGCUAUGUUUUUGAAGAUGCUACAGAUUCCAAAGCACCUACUGUGGUUUUUUUCCCACUAAUAAAUGAUACCUUCAGGAAAUACAAGGCACCAGGUAUGAAACGUGGUCCCACUGAAUUGAAGCAAGGUGAAGUUGAUCUAACUAGUCCUCUUUCUCCAUAUGGAAUACAAAACUUUCAAUACACUGAGGAGAAUUUUGAUAAGUUAAUAAACCUAACUACUUACAACAUUCAGAACAACAAAAACUCAAUUAUUCAAGCUUUACAAAGAGCAAUAGAGAGAAAAAAACAUCAAACAAAAUAG